ACAGGAACUAAGGACAUUCUAGAAAUUCUUGGCUCCCAGUCGCUGGUCUGUAAAAGAAGAGCCUGAUGCUGUACGUUGGAGGCUGCCAUUGGAUGAGACUUAUCAGCUUGUAAUUGGACUGCCAAGUCACAUGACGGCUGAAAAGAGGAAGUUAUCGGAGAGGAUCUGGAACGCCAUCAAACAUGUGGUUCCUGCUUGUUCUUCUUCCGUUACAAGUUGGACUGGGUGGUGCGGUAGAUACUGAUUGGGUCAAUUUGCCCAGUAAAUGUGAAGUUUGCAAGUAUGUUGCUGUUGAACUGAAAUCCUCUUUUGAUGAAACAUCUCGGACACAUGAAGUAUUUGAUGCCCAAUAUGGAUUUCUGGAUGGCAAACAGAAAAAGAUCAAAUACACAGACUCAGAUAUCCGUCUGAUUGACGUCACAGAAGGUCUCUGUGAAAGACUGUUGGCGUACACCCUUCACAAAGAGCGGACUGGCAGCAAUCGCUUUGCUAAGGGGAUGUCUGAAACAUUCCAAACUUUGCAUCACCUUGUCCAUAAAGGAGUGAAAGUCGUGAUGGACAUUCCUUAUGAACUCUGGAAUGAAACUUCCGCUGAAGUUGCUGACAUGAAGAAACAGUGUGAUGCCCUGAUUGAGCAGUAUGAUGAUGUCAUCGAAGACUGGUAUCGAAACCACCAGGAAGAUGAUCUUACAGACUUUCUGUGUGCAAAACACGUCUUGAACGGACAGGACCAAAGUUGCCUGGAUGAAAAAUGGGCUGGUAAGAAGGGAGAUUCUGGUCCUUCCUCUGGUAAAAAGAAACCAUCAAAUAAGGGGAGCAAGAAGAAAACCAAGAAGGCCAAAGAAAACUCAAAGAAUAAGAACCCUGAAAAGCCAAUUGCAGAAAACGUAGAGGUACCUGAGACGCAGACUUCUGAAAGCAGGCCCAUUGAUGAACUUUGACACAACUCGACCAAACUUGGGUAGGUUACAUGAACCCAUUUUUCCCCAGACCUAUCUCUGGGAUCUGAUGCUCCAUUCUUCCUGCUCAGCUCUACAGAUGUCUAUCACAGGAAGGAACAUUACAGUAUAUCACUGCUGCGUGCUUUGUGAUCUGACUGUUAAAUUCCAGGAUACUGUAUGACUCAUUGAUCUCAUUUUUUUUUUUGACUGUUUAACAUUGACUUCUGUAUGGAUGAAAAGGACCAAGCCUACUGCUAUCCAGCCAACUCUGUAUUUUUUAAAGAAAAAGUGUUUGUAAAGUC